AUGGGUGGUGGCGAUGGAGCUGUGUCCGCUGCCGGCGACACGACCCCUGCCGAUGGACUCAAAGUCAACGUCAACAUUCGAUGCUCCAAUGGUUCCAAGUUUUCUGUUCUCGUUAACCUUGAUUCUACCGUUGGAUCCUUUAAAUCCAUCCUUGCUGACCAGAGCGAGGUUCCCGCCGAUCAGCAGCGCCUGAUUUACAAGGGUCGGAUUUUGAAAGAUGAUCAAACCCUGCAAAGCUACGGGUUAGAGGCAGAUCACACCGUCCAUUUGGUUCGUGGAUCGGCACCCGCUGCCACGCCGACCAAUCCUGCAACUGCUUCCAAUGGUGGCGGUCCGAACACUGCUUCAAGUAACGCAAGAAGUGUUGGAUCAAAUGAAGGUGGAGCACUGGGGGGAGGACUUGGUUUGGAAUCUUCUCUAUUUCCUGGGCUUGGUUUCGAUGGGCUUGGUGCCACUGGUGGAUUGUUUGGGGCUGGCCUUCCCGAUUUCGAACAGGUGCAGCAGCAGCUGACCCGCAAUCCAAACAUCAUGAGAGAAAUAAUGAACAUGCCUGCUAUACAAAAUAUCAUGAAUAAUCCAGACAUCAUGAGGAACUUGAUCAUGAACAAUCCUCAAAUGCGUGAAAUAAUGGAUCGUAAUCCUGAGCUCGCACACAUUCUCAAUGAUCCCAGUACUCUCCGGCAGACGCUUGAAACUGCAAGAAAUCCCGAGCUUAUGCGGGAGAUGAUGAGGAAUACUGAUAGAGCAAUGAGCAACAUUGAAUCUUCCCCUGAAGGUUUUAACAUGCUUAGGCGCAUGUAUGAAACUGUUCAAGAGCCCUUUUUAAAUGCAACAACUAUGUCUGGAACUGCUGGAAAUGAUGGCUCGAACCCCUUCUCUGCACUUUUGGGGACUGGUGGGGGGGAUGUGCCCAAUAAUGCCACUUCCAAUUUAUCUACAACUUCUGAUACGACUAAUGGAUCUCCUUCUCCAAAUACAAACCCACUUCCAAACCCAUGGUCUCCUGCCAGCACUGGCGGUACCCAAACUAAUUCUGCAAGGUCGAAUCCCACUCCAAAUGUUAGUGCUCAAAUUCCCACUGGUUUAGCUGGGCUUGGUCUUCCAAAUCUUGAGGGCAUGUUGGGUGCAACACCAGAUGCCGCUGGUUUGAAUCAGUUGAUGCAAAACCCAGCUAUUUCACAAAUGAUGCAAAGUGUUAUGUCAAACCCUCAAUAUGUGAACCAGAUCCUUGGUCUCAACCCUCAAUUGCGCAGCUUGCUUGAUUCCAAUCCUCAGCUCAGAGAGAUGAUGCAGAAUCCUGAAUUUUUACGUCAGUUGACCUCCCCUGAUACAAUGCAGCAAAUGUUUACUAUGCAACAACAACUUCUGUCACAGCUUGGUCGCCAGCCCACCCUGAACCAAGGUCAGACCGGUGGAGGCACAGGAGCUGCAAACAAUACGGGGUUGGAGAUGUUGAUGAACAUGUUUGGUGGACUUGGUGCUGGUAGUCUAGCCGUGCCCAACAGAUCCAAUGUUCCGCCGGAAGAAUUGUAUUCUACGCAGCUCACACAGCUGCAAGAAAUGGGAUUCAUUGACAGACAGGAGAACAUACGAGCACUGAUUGCCACUUCCGGAAAUGUCCAUGCCGCAGUUGAACGAUUACUGGGGAAUUCGGGGCAGUAGUGGAUCGAUCCCAUUGGUAGUGCCGAUGCAUUUGAUGUGGCCCCAUCAAGUGCAGACAGCUGAGUUAAGUGACUUUGGAGGUGAAAUUCAAGUCGAUUGAGUCCAAAUUUUGGUAUAGGAGAGGCAAAGUCGGGAAUACGAUCACUGAAUUAUAUGGUCUCACUCUUUCUCAGGUUCCUGGAGUUCCUGUAAUACAUAUUCUCUUACAUGAUAACGAUCAGAUGUCAUAUGAACUGUGUGGAAAAUAUGUUUGUUUUAGAUAAUAUCUGUUGUUCUUUUCUUUUCGUUCAUGCAAUUGAGUUGAUUGGAGUUACUCUUUGGCUAAUAUUAAUUCCUAUGGGUGCACAAUGAUAGUUCUGUCA